CGUAAGCUUGCGGGUGGAACGCGACGUAUGCGGAAGUCGUGUACUGAUGCGAAUUCGUAUGAAUAGUGAUCUAGUUUUAUAAACAGAAAAUACGCACUUCGAAAGGAGUUAGUGCUACGAGAGACGAAACGAUCCAUUAUUUGCGCUCUUUCGAAAUGUGUUUGCUUUCGAUGGUGACGAUUAUUUGUCUAAGCUAACAUGACAAUGAAACGCUAAAGAACUUUUCUUUCAUAAAAAUGGAUGAAGAAGGCCGUAUCCGUUGAUGAAUGAUAGUAAAAGUUGAAGGAACAUACCUACACAACGAAUAGCAAAAGCCUGCCUCGUCCAUUGCGAUCAGCUACAUAUCUCACAUUAAGAUGACAUAGAAUGGGUUGGGUGGCGCUAGGGCGGUGUGCGAGUGGUGGCGGCCGCCUCUCAUCUAUCCUUUCGCUAUCUCUCACCUCCUUCGUGAGUUCCUUAAUCUUCACAUCCCUUUGUAUCCUUACACUUGCCCUUACACUCGUCUCUCUCGUUCGUGCCGAAGACAUCUUCGAGGAGGGAAAAUCGGACAAGGAGAUUCUGGACAACUUAUUACAAUCGACUCGUUACGACAAGCGGCUUCUGCCGCCGGUCCAAGGAACGUUGACUGUAAACGUGAGCGUAUUGCUGUUAAGCUUAGCUUCUCCUGACGAGUCCAGUCUGAAAUACGAGGUGGAAUUCCUACUGCAACAACAGUGGUAUGAUCCUCGAUUGCGUUAUAGCAACAGAUCCAGAUACGAAUUUUUAAAUGCGAUUCAUCAUUACGAGAACAUCUGGUUGCCGGAUACGUAUUUUAUAAUGCAUGGCGAUUUCAAAGAUCCCAUCAUUCCUGUUCACUUUGCCUUGCGGAUAUAUCGUAACGGCACUGUCAACUAUCUUAUGCGGCGUCACCUUAUUCUAUCCUGCCAGGGUAGACUUAAUAUCUUCCCUUUCGACGACCCAUUGUGUUCAUUCGCAAUCGAGAGCAUAUCGUAUGAGCAGACAGCGAUUACAUAUGUGUGGAAAAAUGAUGAGGGUACUUUACGAAAAAGCCCAAGCCUGACGGCACUGAAUGCGUAUCUCAUUAAAAAUCAGACAAUCACAUGUCCGAUUAAAGUGAGCUGGCGAGCUGACGGACAGAUCGUGGUUGAGGAGGACGAGUUCGAUGAUUUUGGAGACUCUAAGUGCUCGCUGUGCCAGCGCAGAUUUGAAGAGCAAGGUAAUUACAGCUGCUUGAAGGUGGAUUUGAUCUUCACGCGAGAUCGUUCCUUCUAUUUCACUACGGUUUUCAUCCCGGGCAUUAUUCUAGUAACCAGUUCGUUCAUCACAUUUUGGCUUGAAUGGAAUGCCGUACCGGCGCGAGUGAUGAUUGGUGUAACAACGAUGCUCAACUUUUUCACCACGUCAAAUGGCUUCCGGGGAACGCUACCUGUCGUUUCAAACUUGACUGCCAUGAACGUAUGGGACGGGGUAUGCAUGUGUUUCAUCUACGCGAGUCUUCUCGAAUUCGUCUGCGUGAAUUAUGUUGGUCGCAAACGGCCGAUGCACAACGUUGUUUAUCGUCCGGGCGAGAAUCCCGUUACCCAGCGGCUUCCAGCGGUGCUCAGCAGGAUAGGAAUUAUAUUGGCCAGCCCCUUGAAGAGAGAAGGCGGAGCUACUGGUGGUACUACUGGACCGAACGAAAUUAUUGCUUGCACUAACUGCGGACCUAAUCCUUGCACACAUACGACAACAAACGGUUGCACCGCCGAGCUAAGGAAAAAGGAUCCACCACAUCCGAUUAGAGUGGCAAAGACGAUCGACGUGAUAGCCAGGAUCACUUUUCCAGUCGCCUAUUUCAUGUUCCUCACUUUCUUCUUCAUUCACUAUAAGGGCACUUCGUAGAAUGAUAUACAACAAUCUCCGAGAAGUCUCCUAUCACUGGGAAAAAGAGUCACUAACAAGAAUAUGCAAAGAUACGAAAUAAAAGAAAAGGAUACCAACGAUGGAUCGUCUCCAACCAUUCUUCAUCUCCUCUCACGUGUGAUAGUUCUUGGAUGCACUCUUCUGUGAAGGAAGUAGCUGAAUACGAUCGCUUCGCGAGCAACAACCAUAUACACUUAUCUUCAUUAUUCUUUUCUCUUUCUUACAUCUAAUAGAUAAUAGAAUGUGUCGCUGGUGAACGCUUUGGUCAAGCAGAAAGAAUGACGCUUAGCUUAGUUAACGAUGUGAUCAAACAUACUAUAAUGUAAGAUAUAUUAUAAUAUCAUUACAGAUGAACCUCUGUAUUCUUAACACUUUUAACUUUUACAUUCUUAUAUGAUAUGUUUCA